AUGGGAACUAUUCAUAAUCUCGUGGACAUCUUGCAUCUCGAGCAGAUGCCGAUGACGCAACCUCCUCGCACUAUCAAGUCUCCUGAGCGUUACAUCUGGGAGGAGAUCUCAGGUCAGCUGGUACCAACUAGAGCGGAAGCUGAAAUCGCCAACAAUAAUCAGGCUUUUCAAUCUGAGAUCAUUGAGUUCGGCUCUGGAUGUCGGGAAAUGUAUACUGCGUCGAUGGAUUACCCAUCUCACCCAUCGCAUAUUGCAUUCUAUUUUGUCAGCCUUGGCGGAGCAGCAUACGCACCUCCACCAAUGUUCCUAUGCGGCCUUGAGGUUUUCCACAGAAAUCCAGAUGAUGGCCAGUUCUUGCUGGGCUACAGGUCGCCCAUUCGCCGAAUCCACACACUAGACCCGGAGACAAAUGUGAGGGGCUUCAACGUCACCGUGGGAUCACGAGGGAUCUCCGGCAUCCAAGUACAGUUGACGGACGGCUUCGAAUCAUGCUGGUAUCAAGGCGAUGCUGGAGACGAAAACCCGGAGAGCAUGAGGGCAGUGGGCCUCGGCUCCAUCUGUGGGAUCAAAGCCUCCUUUGAUGGGUUGAAGAUUGUCAGUCUUGGUGUGGCAAAACGGCAAGUGCCCGAGCCGGGAACGCCGCUGAAGGAGUCCGGCAUUUGGUAUCCCGAGAUCCCGCGCUACCCGGUCUCUUUGAACGAAGAAAUUCUCCCGAACCUAGUAUUCUAUUCCACAGGAUAUUUUCCGUUGUUCUGGGUACCUUUUGGAGGCGCUGGAGGUAAGGACCUCGAGUUACUGAACAGUAUUCAGAUAACCAUGGUGAACGGUAUCUGGGGUAUCGAAUUCUCGUAUUGCGACGGUCGAAAGGUGGAAAAGUUGGGACGGCAUCCCUACGACAUCGAUCUAAACCCAGAAAUUCCCAAUAUCUCGACCUUUGAAAUCGACGGCCCGCAUGGCGAGCAGAUUUCCUCCAUCUCGUUGUGGUACGAUAGCGACACCUUUGUCCAAGGACAAAUCAACAAGCCGUGCGGCAUCUCGCUUCAUACGAACUGGGGCACCUCUCGACUCUUUGGCGAUGGUGGGACCGCCCCGGGAUACCUGGAGAAGCACCUGGUGCCUGAAGAGGGCACAGUUAUCACGGGAUUUUACGCAAACCAGCUACCCACCGCUGGGUUCACUACAGUUGGGCUCAUGUCAGAAAGAGUCGAAUUGGGACCGCGCAGUCUUGCGUCACUGCGAGGACUACGACUGGAUUCUUGA